AUGAUAGAUCAUGUCCUGGGACGACCAUCUUCCCAGUUCCGCAAAGUCCAGGUCCUUGCCGUUGUCUCGUUCUGGUCGCUGUACCUGCUAAGGGGUGACAAGCAUGGCCCUCCCGCGAUUCGUACUCUAUCCCAGCGCAUGUCGAAGCGGUUGACGCCCUGGCGAUCCGUGGUUCUUACUCUCCUCUAUCUCUACAUCUGUCGCAACUUCGCCAAACUCUGCAAUCUCGAGUCGCCCGAGCCUCUUGCAAAUUUGUACAAUCGUGCCUACUUCCGGGCGACAUGGAUCACGACGGCGUUGGAUGCCGGGUUCUGGACUGCAAUGAGAAUUCGGAACAAGAGAUUGAGAGACCUGGCCUCGAUAAUAUUCACUAUAUACUAUCUCAUCGCCGCUGAGCAAGCAGAUGAAAAGGUGCGGAAGGUGCGAGCCGUCCUCACGGUGGACCAUCUGAGGGUCUCCUGGAACAAGUCAAACACGCCCUAUCUGAAGUGGCUGACCGCGAUGAUGCGGCCUCGAUUCACUCGCUACAAACCAAGAAGGAUCCGAAUACCCCGACCGAAACAGUCUACUUACAAAGAGCCAGUUGUAGCAUGGAUGUACUUUGACGGUACCCUGGCCGAGCUUGAAAAGCAAGAGAACAUGGUUCUCGACAUUCCAGGUGGAGGGUUUGUGGCAAUGGACCCACGGACCAGCGACGACAGGUUACUUGCCUGGGCAGGAAGGACGGGACUGCCCAUCCUCAGCUUGGACUACCGCAAAGCGCCAGAGUAUCCCUACCCUUACGCGUUGAACGAGUGCUUCGAUGUAUACACGCAAAUUAUCGCUACGCGGGGACGAUGCAUAGGCAUGAAGCCCUCAACGUGCCCGAGGAUUGUACUGGCUGGAGAUAGUGCCGGAGGCAAUCUGGCUACAGGAACGACCUUGAUGGUGAUUCAGUCAAAUCAAAGUGGAAAUGCUCGGGGCAUCCUUCCCAGUCCAGCUGGCCUGGUCUUGCUCUAUCCAGCCUUGGACAUGAACAUCAGCAGCUGGAUGACCGACGAUCAAAUGGCAUUGAUCCGUAAUCCACGGACGGCCAAGAAGUACGAAACUUUCAUCAAAAGAAAAAGCGAAGAUAUCGAUCGUCGCUACACUCCAUCGACACCCAAACCCUCGGAAGACGACGCGGAGAGCGAUCCAAACUUUGACUUCUUCGCACCAAGAGGAGACAGUGAGAAGUCAAACGCUGUACUGACCAAGCCAAGCACCAAUGUUGACGCGCAGAAGCAGACAGUGGCCGCGUCGAAACCCCAGCAUCUCAAAACGAGGUUGGCUGUCUCCUCCAUCAUUUCUUAUUUCGGCGAUCGCAUCCUCACCCCCGAAAUGAUGCGUGCCAUGAUCAUACUCUAUGUUGGGCCCUACAAUCGUCCCGACUUCACGACUGACCAUCUGUUGUGCCCGGCUGUGGCUCCAGAAAGCCUCCUUGCCAAAUUCCCAAAGACAUACUUCUGCACCGGCGAACGUGAUCCCCUGGUGGAUGACACAGUUAUUUUUGCUGGUAGGAUACGACAGGCGAAACUGCACCUUUUCCGUGAGCGGCAAGAAGUCGGCCUCGAGAAAUCCACAGCAGAAUUCAACGAGAAGGACCAUGUUGAAGUGACCCUUAUUCCGGGCAUUUCUCAUGGGUUUGUCCAAUUUGUCUCCAUCUUUCCAGAAGGCUGGAGACAUAUUUUCCGCUGUGGGCAGUGGAUCCAAGACAUCUUCUCCAAGCCACCACAUGCUUUUGAAGGGCCAGCCAUUGAAUCGAGGCUGCGAAAUGGGAUGCUUGCCCAUGACUCUCACAGCAGCCUUGAAUUGGCUUCCACACAGCCAAGGCAUCAUCAUCGAACCCCAACUGGUGAGAGCUUGGAUGAUGACGCCCCCUUGGUCAUGUCGUCGAUCAAAUCGGAAGACACUAGACGAUCGCCACAAAAGGCCAAUGGCGUGGUCGAAGACUCUACAGGAGAGCACAGACGUUCGACAACCGAGAAAUCCAGACCUGAGGUUAGCCGGAGUAAGAGUUUGAUCUCUUUGGGCAGCGAAGAAGAUCUCCUCAAGCGACGUAUGAAAGGCUUGACAGUUGGACUCCUGGGGAACAACGAAGCCUGA